ACUUGACUCGAGUUGGUGAGCUGCAAAUCAAACCUUUGGAAAGCGAUCUCUUGGAAGAUUGAACUACUGAAGAAAAAAAAAACCUACUGGAAAAACCGGAUUCUGCUUAAAAGCAAAACGACUGGAGAACUUCACUGCUGAGGAAAACUUGAAGUCUGGACAUGGCCUUCAGAAGACCACAGAUCCCUGAGGAGGACCCAGGAGUCAUCUAUGUGUCGGACGACGACGAUGCAGGUGAUGUGAACUACAUCGUUGAGGAUCCAGUAGAUGACGUCCCUGAAGUGAUCAGGAUUUUGGACAGCGACGACGAAGAUGUCAAUCGCCCAGACCUGUCAUCCAGUGAGGAAGGUGAGUCCGAAAGCGACGAGGAGGAUGAAGAGGAGUUGUCUGAAGAGGAGUCAUCUGAAGAAGAGGUGUCAUCUUUUGAAGAGGAAUGGUCAGAUGAUGAGAGCCCUGAUUCAGGCUAUAGCACCAUGACUGACGAGGAAGACUUUGAGAGCUCCAGAGACUCCGACGACCUCCGGCCUGUCCUCCCAGACUGGCUCCAACCCCAUCCUGCUGCUCGACAGGCACCUGUUCAGCACCAGAGGCUUCCCGAAGAGCAAGUGGAACAACCUGGAGGAGGUCUGCUCCCCGUUUCUCCAAGGCUGGAGGACCCCACUCCCUCAUCCUCAGGCGUCAGCACCUCCACCUCCACCUCCAAGAGGAGCAGAGAGAGCGACGCAGAGGAGGUAAGUAUGAAGAGACAGAGGAGGGAUGAUGAAGACAACCCUGAGGAGCCCGCUCCUUCCACGUCAGGCCUCAGGAACUUUCCGAACAGGGUCGGUGAAGUGGACAGCAGGGACACAGGUCUUUCAUUCCAGCGAUUCCUCACCGGCAGGAGUUGGACUGUUACUCCUUUUGGAGUCCCAGGACCCAUCUUCAUUCCACUGUGUGAUGACAGCGACUCCGAUUAGGAAAGCUCUUUCCUUUUGGCCCCAGGCCUUUGCAUCUAGCAAGGCUGUCAAAGCCCUUGGUAGCGUCUUGCUCCGGGACUUAUUUGUAAAUCUCUUGUGGCUAGAUUGUCUCUUUGUCAUCUGGAGGGCUGGGAAAGCUGCAUUAGCUUUCCUAUGAAUCUAGCUUUUUAUAUUCACUUUUCUUCUUGAUAAGAAUUCUCUUCAACAGGUAAGACACUUGAAUUCAUUCACAUAACAUUUUAAUCCAAAGCACUUUAAAUGUGCCUUUCAUUCACCCAUUCACACACACACUCUCACACCAUAGCAGCAAGCUACCAUGUAAGACACUGGCCUAAACAUUGGGAGCAAUUUUGGGUCCAGUGUCUUGCCUAAACACACUUCAACAUGUGAACAGGAGCAACUAAAUCCACCCCGGCUCUAUCAGGCAACCUAACCCACAAAUCUCUGGACAUCUUUGGACUCAGACCCUGCAAAAACCCACACAAAGCAGAGAAUGGAAGACAAGGAGCCAAAGAUCAAACAAACAAACAAACAAAAAAAAAAAACAAACAAAACAAAAACAAAAAGAAACAAACAAAAAAACUGCAGGUAAUGUAUGAAAUGCUCAUGAUAUGAUGUGUCUGAAAAGGUAAGUAUGACAACAUUUACUACUAUAGCUUGUUAUAUUAAGACAUGUAUAACUGUGUAAACUAGUUUAGACACAAUAUACCUGUUUACUAUGUAACAUCAUAGAUGCCCAUACACAGGUAAGUUUAUUAUCAUUAUUAACAACAUUAACAAAGAAAAUUUAAAUUGUAUUUAACAGCUCAGAAAUCAUUUCUCUUACUCACUCUGUUAUACUUGUGUUUUUUCUUUAGAAGGUUUAGAUGCUUUACCAGACAAAGGUAAGUCAGUGCUUAAUGACAUCAUGAACAAAUGUCUCCUGUAAGUCUUCAUAUUACUUGUUAAUACUUCAGUAGUGUUACUACUAUUCUAUCAUUAGAUUGCACCUCUGACAGAACAGAGCUGACGUGUUUGCUCCAGACCAGAAGAGAAGGAUGGAUGACCACAGGACAAACUGGAGAGCGGUGGAGCCUGUUUUUCACUCAGCUAAGACUCGUUCUGUGUCUUGAGCAACACCACCCUCUUCAGUUACCAGCCAGAAGGAUGAGGACCGUCCCGACUCGACCUGCACAGAAGAGGUUUUCAUUAUGUGCUUCUUCUGUGCUGGUGGGUUUGGGAAGCUCCUCACACACACACACACACACAGAGGAAGCUUUCACCACCUUUCUGCUCAGAGAUCAAGACAGGCAAGAGAGAGACUCAGAGUUCAGACUGAAUGAGAAAACAGUUCAUUCUGAAAAGUAUUUAGCUUUGUUACCUUCAGUACAGUAUGUUACUGUAGAUGUAUAAUACUUAUAUAUAUAUACCUAUAUAUAAGACAAAGUAUUCUAAUAUUUUUUAAUAUUAGAAACAAUUGAAUUUUUCAUAUAUAAUCUAUAAAUCUUACAUAGUAAAUUUGUGAAAGUAUUCAUGUAUUUGUUUUGAUUUUCAUUUGACUUGAUGAUGAAUUCAAUAAAAUAGUCACAUCUGAAAUGACUGUUUUCUGUGAGAUCAGUUAUCCUCAGUGAUGUUGGGUGAAGCAUGUUAAAUGCAGAAGGGUACACAGAGACAUGUUGUGUUGAGUGUAGCAGAAACAUUCCUCUUUUGCCAGAUCAGUUGAUCAUUGCUGUUUUAGUUUUUAACUCAUACACAGAACACUUGAUUUGAUAGCACAAGUUUUCACCUUUUCCAUAACCGGUAAAUAUUUUAAGUUUUAAAAUGUCUAUAUAUUCAUACAUUUGAUUUUGGUCAGUUUCUGAAACAUUUUGGAGAAAUAGCUGAUAUCAGUACGUCCACACAUUUUUUAUUUAGCCUUAAAGACCCACAACUUCAGAUUUCUCUCUCACUUUUUUAUGAGCAGCACCUGUCACUCAACCACAUCAGUAACCACAUUAGUUACCACUAAACACUUAACUGACACUUGUCUGUGCUUUAGUGCGUUUUGGAGUUUUAAAAAUUUGUCCAAUUUAUUAUUAUUACUUAUUUCCAGUAUUUCUGACAUUAGUACUUGUGUUUUUUGCUCAGAGUAUACAGAUUAUAGCAAUUGUCUUGGGGAAUAAAUAAAGUCUGAGCUAUUAAUUUGUUAAAGCUAUUAAAUGAUCAUCUUGCCAAAAAGCAACAUGCUACUUUAAAACUGAAUUCCAAUGACUAAAUAUGUGAUUUUGCUUGAGUUGUACAUAUAACUAAGUGACAGGACAGCAGCUUUGGCUGCCUCUCAUGCUGGAAACUUUAAUUCUGUAUACUUUGUCAUGAUUGUGUUACAUUAUACAUUAUACAUUAUGACUAGAAUAAAGACAUAUCUACACGCUUGAUCCCAAUCAAACCCCCCC